UCGUAAUUUGGCAGUAUACUCUUCUUUCCUAUAGUAGCCGUUCAAAUUGGUCCUGAGCUUUCCCAGGAGUUGUGCACUGGUCUCAGACUUGGCAGCAGCCUCUCCCACGGCAUGAGGGAGAGGUGCUGCUCUACCAGGACUGCAGACGUCGGACCAUUUCCCACGCUAGGCUGGGUGUGUAUGCGGAAUCGGAUUUCGAUGGCGCCUGAACACGAGAAGGCCAGUGCUUCGCACAACACCACCUGAACAGAUCAUCGCAACAGACAUUGCAUAUGCGAGGCGCAAAACAACGCAGGCAGACGAAACGAUACCUCUUUGCCUCUCCCGCAUGGUGGAGAGAACGUGCCUCCGGAAAAAAAAAAGGGCACCACGGUCACUUUAUCCAGUCUCUCGCUCACGGCUCUCAGCGGCUGCUGCCUCGUGCUGUAGACCUGCCUGUCCGGCGACUGCGCUGCAGGCCCGAACCUCGCUGGAUCGACUGCCCCACGAUCAACUCGUAGCAGUCGUGGGAAGCAGCAGUGGUCCCACGGAAUUACUGUCUGCAGGGAUGCGACUCGCCACGAUGGUGAUGGUGACGGUGACAUUGUUCUGGACGCCUUGUGGCCGAGGUGUCCGGUUGAACAGAGCCAACGGCGCGUACGAAGACAUAGUGGUGGCCAUUCACCCUGCCGUCGAGCCGGACGAACGCAUCAUCGAGAACAUCAAGGCGCUGUUCCGGUCUGCCUCGUCGCUGCUACUGCGGGCCACCGGCGGCCUGGUCCACUUCGGCAGCGUGGUCAUCGCCGUGCCGGCCACGUGGCCGCCGAGGCCGCAGACGGCCGACGCCGCGACCGGGAACCUGUUCGCUACGGCUGACGUUCGCGUGGCGGCCGAGAACCCGCAGUACGGAGACGCCCCGUACACGCUGCAGCCGAGGGGCUGCGGCGAGCGCGGCGAGUACAUCCACCUUGCGCCGCGCUUCCUGGCGGAAAUGAACGGCUCCAUCGCCGAGAUAUACGGGGAUCCAGCGUACCGGCUGGUGCACGAGUGGGCCCACUAUCGCUACGGCGUGUUCGACGAACACGGUGAGCCCGGAAGCUCGCGCUACCCGAGCCUCUAUUGCGAGUCUGGCACGGUGAGCGAUCUGCCUCUCUUGUCAUUGAAGAGUGAACGCGGCCUGGCGGAAGCGCCUGCACAAGGGUUCCGGCUAGGCGGAACGAUGGAGCGGCAAAACUCCUCGUGUGCCCAGUCUCUGUUCCCACUCGAGCGACUCGCUGUAGCGGAAACGCGUCGGCUGUCGCUUCUCUCCGCCGACGCGUUUAGCCCAUGCAGCAGCGUGCCUGCUACCCCGCCAACCCACGGUAGCAAACCGGACGUGCGUCUGGUUAACCUCCCUGCCUUUCCUGUCUUCUAUCUCUCUCUGUCUCUCCGCCAACAGGUUCGCGCCACCAUGUGCUCAUCAGAGCCCGUGAACUUCACGGUGUACAUGGAUUUCGGCGAGCCUUGCCGCGUCUACCAGGGCUGUCGCGUGUCCUCCCAGUGUAAGGUGAUGUUCUGGCGCGACGGCCGCGGGUCGGACCGCGCCGCCUCGUCUAUCAUGUCCAUGCCUCACUUCGUCGAAGGCGUGAACAAAUUCUGUGACGACAGCCGGAGGAAACACGACCCGUUUGCGCCGAACAAACACAACGUACUGUGCGAACGCAGGUCCACCUGGGAAGUGAUUAGUGCCAACGAAGACUUCACCAACCUUCCUCACGGCGACUCGGAAAAAGACGUCCACGUGACGUUCCGGGAAGUGCAGAAACAGAACGACACAAUCGGGAUGAUCAUAUUCGCCCUGGAUGUCUCUACCUCCAUGCGCGACCACGGUCGCAUCGGGCACCUCAAAGCAGCGGCGACCCACUUCGUCGAAGUCCUCAUACCCGACGAUCUGAAAGUCGGCGUGGUGACAUUCAACACGGCCGCCCACAAGCCGUUUCCCCUGACGACGGUGUCGGCACAGACGCGCGAACGUAUCGUCAACAUCGUGCGAGAUUUGGUGCCUGGCGGCAGCACCUGCAUCGGAUGCGCUCUGAGAAAGGCCCUCGAGGAGUUCAGGAGGAACGCGCACCGCGUCGAGGGCUCAGUCAUCGUGCUCAUGACCGACGGCGGAGAGACCUCGGCGCCCUACAUGGCCGACGUGCUCGCCGACCUGGUCGCGGCGGGAGUGAGGAUCAACACGAUCGCGCUCGGCAAAGAUGCCGAGCGCAAGCUCGAGGUGUUGGCCCUGCGCACGGGGGGCAAGCCGUUCGCGCUCCGGGACGGCAGCUCCAACGAGGCGGCGGUCGCCCUCGAGUCGGCCUUCCUGGACUCUACCGUCGCCCUGCUGGACCACGACAAGAGGCCGAUUGUGGUGAGGCUUACAUUCCUCAUGACCCUUGUGCACACAGUGUGUCGAGUCCACGCCCUGCUGGACCACGACAAGAGGCCGAUUGUGGUGAGGCUUACAUUCCUCAUGACCCUUGUGCACACAGUGUGUCGAGUCCACGCCCUGCUGGACCACGACAAGAGGCCGAUUGUGAUCUUCGCAGAGACUGCGAAGGUGCCGAAGGAAGGCGUCGCUUUCUCCGUGCUCGUCGAUCGAGACCUGGGAAAGGGGACCACCGUGACACUUUCCUGCGAUGGGACGUGCGCGCUGAAGAUCGAACUGCGCUACCCCGACGGCAGGAAGUGCAACGAGUGUCUGACGACGCAGUCCACGAAGGCGGGCGUUUACAUAACUAUCAGGAUUCCUGGCACCGCCACGCCUGGUACGUGGACGCUGGUGGUGUCGCUCAAUCCCGGAAGUAGGGAAGUCCAGGUCCACGUCCGCGCCACGUCGUUCGUCGUCGACGCUACGGUGGAGCCCGUGCUUGUGCGCUCUUUCGUAAAGAGGACCGAGGUCAAUGUCGCCACGGAUGCCGUCGUGUACGCCGAGGUCAGCAAGGGAACGCGGCUCGUGCUCCAUGCCAGGGUCACGGCCACGGUCAUCAGACCCCGGUCGCCCGACGGGAUCGAAGUUGAGCUACACGACAACGGCCUCGGCGCUGACGUCACGGCCAAUGACGGAAUCUACAGCGGCUACUUCACCUGGUUCGACGGCGUGGGCCGUUAUUCGGUGUCCACUCGCGUCGCGAGCGUAGACCGCACCGUCUUCGUCAGCAGACGGAUGGCCUCUGGAGGAUGGCCGGUCACAACAUUGAGUUCAGGUGCGCGUGACCUUGUUGGUUUGGGAAAGCCCGACCGUGGGACGAGUGGCGCUGAGCAUUGUAAUGAAAUUGACACACGUGUGGAAUGUCCUUUAUUUUUUUUUCUUCUUUCAGUCUCCUCCAAGGCCUUCGUCGGACGCGCAUCUGCGAUCCCGACGGCGGGGCAGGCGACUGGAAUUCCAUUCAGCCACUUCGUCUACGUUGACCAGAACAUCGAAGAGGCCGAACGGAGAUUUGUGUCCACCGACAAGGCGCCAGGGUUUGUCCGCUACGCCGAAGGAGGAUCCUUCCGCCUCAACAUCGACAUCAAUCCGUACGACAUACCGCCUGGCUCCGUCCAGGACCUGACAGUGGAGAACGCCUUAGUGAAAGAGGACGGUGCCCACGUAGUCUUCUUGGCCUGGACGUGCCCAGGAUCCCACUUGUAUUGGCUUAAUGCGUCCCACGUGGAGCUGAGGGUCAGCUCGCGCCCAGGCGACCUCGUGGGAAACUUCAGCUCGGCGCUCAGGAUCGUCGUCCCCGCCGAGGUCGGCGGUUCGAUUGACGGCAACGUCCGGGCGGGAGCAGUCGGUUUGAGGCAGCGGCUGCGAAUCCACCUCCCGGACGCCCUGCUCCUCCACCGCGCGGGUAACGAACCCUUGACGCCGGACUUGUACGUCGCCGUGACCGUGUGGAACGACCGAGGAGUCAGCUCGUCGGUGUCCAACGUCGCUCGAGUCACGUUCCGACGGCCACCGCCGAUUGCGGUCUCGUCGCCCAGCGAGACAGCAUUGCUGGUCACCGUCCUGACGUGUCUCGCGGUAGUAACGACCGUCGUCAUGGUUGCUCGGCGUCGCUUUGCCAAGUUGGUCAACUGCUGCUAGCUAGAGCGACAGAGCGGCGACACGCGGUUAUUAUACCCACCGGUUCGAGUAGUAAAAAUUAGCGCGUCCUCCGAGAUCGGGAAGCGUGCAGCGAAGCUCGCGUGCGACUACUAAUCUCGGAGGCAAUGAUGAAAUCGGUUCUCUAGAGAAUUUACAAGAGGGAAACUCUAACGCUAGUGUCUACGGGAGUUGCGAGUGCAGCGGUUCAGCCAGCGUGGCAAUGUAGCGAGCAUAUUGUAACGGACUUGUCUUGAACCCUGCGGGCCUGGUUUCAGUUCUGCUUUGUGACUGCGCAAAGGUGUCGCUUCGAACAAUUAGCAACGAAUAUGCAGGUGCGCAAACUAAUUACCUUGCUGCAGAAUAGGUGAAAGCGCAAGUGCGAAGUCGAGACAAAUCCGUCUAACGAUCGCAGCGCCAGAAUAUUCCCUCUAGAGGUUCUCACGGGAAACUCUGCGGAUUGAAUAAUGACCUCCGAGAUUGGACGGCGGACGCUGUGUAAAGACGGCACGCGCCGCCCGUACCUCGGAGGCCAUGAUCGAAUGGACUCGAAAAAAAAAAAAAGCAUUUUAAAAACGUUCAAUAGUGAUGGAGGACACGCAUGGAACAAGCACGAAAACACAAGUGCUAAUUCAUCAAGCGAAGUUACUUAAAACGGGACAUAAUACGGUUAAUAAGUGGCAUAGCAUGUGCAUGGCGAUUACUUGCUCCCUCGUGAGUCGUAUGUUUGAGUAAUAUCACGUGACUAUUAAUUUCGUUUGAACAAAGUUUUUUUUUUUCAUCUUUUUUUAAUCGCCUGUGGCAGACAGCGCUGUCCGAGCUUUUCAAGUGGAUUUUUUUGGAAGAGGUCUAAAUUACUCAUUCGAUAGGUCCCAAUGUUCAGACAGCUGAUAUAAAAGCUUUAUCAUUUGUUUAAUUCGCAUCCUGGACUAUUGCACCUUGGAACGUCAUUAGGUCUCACCAACAAGACCAAACUUACACGCUCGGAAUAGCUUCGUUGCAGGCGUCGACGGCACACUGGUCGCUGUUAAUGGAAAGCAGGAAAAAUGGAAAACAGGCAAUCUUCAAUAAUAGUUGUUCAUUUAGCAAACAUAAGGAGACUUGCUAUAAUUUAACUUCGUGAUCUUUUCUAAAUCGAUACGAUUUCACUACUACUCAGGUUCAAUUACGCAAAUGAAACGUACGUGCGUCCUAAAAUGAGUCAUCAGAAGCUAAUUAUCGAAUAUAUUUUCAUGAGCUAGCCAUACAGUGCGGCUUGUAAUAUUACCUUCCGCCUCAUUACAUACGGUAGGUAGCUGGGCGAGCCGGUACAUCUGCAUUUUUAUUACUUACACAACAAUAAUGCAAAUCAUUACAUACAGCUGGGGUAGGGGAUUUGUGCUUUCUGCCAACGGGCGGUCUUUCUUCUUUUCCAACUAUUUGCCGAACAAAGGAAAUGCUAAAGAAAGUAUCACGUGUCGAAGUAAUCAAUAAACGUUCAAUCAAGAGAG